GCAUCUGGAUCUGGGUGUCUAAAUAAAUCUCUGAUAGCGGUGGUGUUUGUUUGUGGAGAAAACAUGAUGAUGUUGGACGAGGAACAACGCAAGAGAAGGAAGAACAACUUGGGGAUGGUGACUUCGGUGGCAGACCAAUUCGCGAAACUGCCGGACGAAUUGGCGGUGAAGAUACUCUCCCGGUCGGCGACUACGCUGAAUGAAGCGGCGAGAUGCAGCAGCCUAUUGGGGAAACUGUGGAGGUACAUGUGGCAAUUGAUCGACUGUGCGGUUCUGGAUUUCGAAAAACUCGAUGGUGACGUCACACCCGAAGCGCAGCGGCGGUUCGUGAAUCAGGUCGACCAAGCCAUCAGUUUGCUCGAGCAAUCCAAAACCAGAUUGGACGGUUUGAGAAUAGGGUUCAAGCUGUUGAAUAUGGAAGAGGCCGGCUGGAGGUGGAUCCGAUUCGGUUUGACGGCGAGAGUCAAGCGCCUGACGCUGUUGUCUUACUUUUCCCGCAUUUGGUGCCCACACGGACGCAAUGAGAUCCCCGUCCCUCUCUUCACCCCGGAAUUCCUCCACACGCAAGACCUCAGCCGCCUCGAGGUCUUGGAAUUCCAAGGCGUGUCCGAGAUUCCUCGAGGAACCCUGGAUCAUCUCUUCUCCCACUGCCCCUCGCUGCAACACCUGUCUCUCGACAACUGCACUUUCCACGACAAGGAUACAGUCCUCAGAGUUUGUUGCCCCAACAACAGAAAAUUCCAGAGACUGACAUUCAAUUUCCCAGAGUUUGAUCACAAUAUCAGCAGGAUUGAAGUCCUCUCUGCUCCAGGUCUUCAUAGUUUGGAGGUGCGUGGAGCAGAAUACAUCCCAUGGUUCGAAUUUGGGGACGACAUUGCUCAGCUGCAGGAGCUUCGGUUUUGUAACCAAGGGCUCUGUGGACUGCUGCAAGACUGCUACUUCCCGUGGUCUCGUUCUCAAUUCAACAAGUUUGCACCGAGAUUGCAGCUUUUCAAGUACGACCUGGUGACUUACAACUUCGACCCUGCAUCGAAUCGUUGCCCGGACUGGCUGCAGUUUGAAAAGCUCACUGUGUUGGAUUUGACCAUAUAUAUCUAUCAUACCCGCGGCUCAAGUAUGCUGGAGGUCACUGCCCUGCUGAGGGCAGCUCCAUUGUUGCGCCAAUUGUCCAUAUCGUUCCUACAUGCAUUUGGCUACACAAUCUGGAAGGAUCGUGCAGAGGAGUCGGCGGCGGCGGCGACAUGGAAACAUCACUCACUGCAGCUGCUUCAGCUCCAUGGGGUGCAUCCAAGCAACAAAAAGCAAUUUCUUGAUCCUCGCAAACCCCAAAUGCAGCUUGCUGCCUACAUCAUCCUCAACUCCCCUUCAUUGAACCAGGUCCUUGUUGAUACCAGGAAUUUAGGAUCCACCACCCCCAGGGAACCACAUGAGGUUGAUGCUCUCGUCUCUGGAGCUAGGAUGGAGUUGGAAAGCCGUCUCCACUCUCACACUGCCACCUCUCAGAUUUGCUUCACUUAUCGAUAGACACUUCUUACUAUAGCAACAAACAAGGUUGUCAAAC